UUUCAAUACGUGUUUCUGCUUCAAUUCGUAGUGAUUUGGAUUCUCUUUUGAUGUUAUCUCUACGGAAUUUGUGAAGAAAAUACUUCAGUGUGUGAAUAUUCGUUGUUUGUCAUUACUGUGGAUAUUCUCUCGUCGAUAGAUCUACGGAUUCCACGAAAAAUUGGAACUUGUUUGAUUCGUAGGUUUUGAUAUGUCUGUUAGAUUAGCUCGAUUACGGAUUAGCUCCAUAAGCCGAAGCUCGUUGCUCUGAGCGGGAGAUGGAGAUUACUUUAUGUUAGCAGGCAGACAUGUCUGCAUAUGAUAAUGUUGUUGGGGGGAAGCUAAAACUAAAAGGGAAGGCUUUGGAUGUGAGAGCGGGUGGGGUGAAGAAGAAAAAGAAACAGAAGAAGCACGAAGAACAAUCUGGUAAAAAACUCAGUGAACGUGAACUCCUAGAAGGAGAGGGGGCAGGAGCAUCGGAUGAAGCCAAUGAGGAGGAAGAAACGGUUGACAAGUCAGCUGGGGAUGAUAAACCGCUGCAUUGCGAUGACCAACUAACACCUGCAGAGAGAAGAUACAUAGAACAGAGGCAGAAACUGGAUGUGAACAAAUUGGCAAAGGAAGCAAACAAGUCUCAUCGAGACAGGAUUCAGGACUUCAAUCAGUAUCUCGCCAACAUGAGCGAGCACUAUGACAUCCCCAAGGUCGGACCCGGUUGAUUGAUGAAUUCUUCCUACAGGAAUCUCUGCUAUCUCUCUGUCAUCUGUCGUUAUGGUUAUGGAAACUGCUCUUUUGCUUUUUGCCUUAGAUGUUGAAUUUGUGUCUCUCUCUACCAUUUGAGCUUGGGAAUAUAUACCCCGCCAAAUCACUUGACAUGUACUAUGCAUCAAUGCUAUUUUAGUGUUGGGAACGAAA